AUGGCUACCCGUACCAUUGAGGCGCGCUUCGAGCGCAUGUCGGUCAACGAUGAGAACGACCCCCUCGGCGAUGGCUCUAAGCUCUACAGCAAGAGCAAGACUAUUUCUUCGACAACAAGUCAUGGUGCAACCCGUCCCAACCUGUUCAAGGUCGCUCUUCAGUCACAAAGCAGCAAUGCCAACGCCGCUGUAAUGCUGCCAUCCCAGGCUGCUCAACGAAAAGCCAACAACCCUCCUCCAUCCCCUACAAGAAAGGCCCUCCCCUCUUCAUCGAGAACAUCAGAUGAGGUCUCCGAGGACCGGAAAUCAGUCACCUUGCCGGAACAGAUGAGCGUUCCCAAACAGUUUCACUUGGGCAUGUUUGAGAUCGGCCGCCCCCUCGGUAAGGGCAAGUUUGGACGAGUCUAUCUUGCUCGAGAGAGAACAACAGGUUUUAUCUGUGCCCUCAAGGUCCUCCACAAGAACGAACUGCAGGCCGGUCGUGUUGAGAAGCAAGUUCGCCGAGAGAUCGAGAUUCAGAGCAACCUGAGACACCCCAAUAUUCUUCAGCUAUACGGCCAUUUCCACGACAGCAAGCGAGUGUUUUUGAUUCUCGAGUUCGCCGGCAAGGGUGAGCUGUACAAGCACCUCCGAAAGGAGAGCCGGUUCCCCGAGUGGAAGGCUGCUCAGUACAUCGCCCAGAUGGCAUCAGCCUUGCGCUACCUGCACCGAAAGCAUGUUAUCCACCGAGACAUCAAGCCUGAGAACAUCUUGGUUGGUAUCCACGGUGAGAUCAAGAUCUCGGAUUUCGGAUGGAGUGUGCACGCUCCCAACAACCGAAGGAAGACCAUGUGCGGAACUCUCGACUACCUGCCCCCAGAGAUGAUCAAGCCUGGUACCUCCGAUAACUUUUACAACGAGAAGGUUGACCUGUGGAGUUUGGGUGUCCUGACAUAUGAGUUCCUUGUAGGCGAGGCGCCCUUUGAGGACACGCCAGUGAUGACUCAACGAAGGAUUGCUCGUGCUGAUAUGUCUAUCCCAACAUGGGUCAGCCCCGAGGCUACGGACCUCAUCAAAAAGCUGCUUGUGCUGGACCCCGAGAAGCGAAUUCCUCUUGAGCAAAUCCAACAGCACCCUUGGAUCAUCAAGCACUGUGUCAAGGGUGAACGGGCCUCGAACCGCGAGAAGGGCCUAUAA